UUGGAUUCUAUUCAGUCACCCUGCUUGCUAAAAAUAUUUAUUUAUUUAUUUAGGAUAUAGUUUAAUUCUCAGUAAAUCAUGCAAGCAAAUUAAUGUAAGCAGAUUCUCACAAUUGGACAAUUUUAGUCAUGGAUGUCGUUCGAAGAAUUGCUGAAGAGAGAGAAAACUCACAGAUUGUUCCAAGUAGACCCAGAACAGAGCUACAACGCGUCCGCCUUCACGGUUUAUACGAAUUGCUCAUCCUGUUGAGAAUAAUUUUAACUCUGAAUCUUCAAACUGGUUGGAUUCAUCAAGACGAGUUGAGCAAUUCUAUCGAGGUUGUGGCAGGGGACUACUUUGAUUUGCAAGUUUUCAAACCGGACGUGUUCAACUCGUCGAGUCCCACCCACUCCAUCGCCCUCCUCCACACCACGAUCUACCUCCCCUACAUAAUUUGCAACUACUUUCUCUCAUACACUCACCCCAUUGGGAAGGAGGAAAUACCAAAUACUAAAUUACUCCUCCUGAUCCCCAGAAUAUUCCACUUGCUCCUCUCAUUCCUGGUGGAUUAUAUUCUCAUAAAAUUCUGCAGACUCAACGAGUCAUCCAGAAAAAAGGUGCAUAAUGGCAAUAAUAAUAAAGCGAAGGAGGCAGAAAAUGUUGGAGAAAGUAAAGCUAAUGAUACCACUCAUGACCCUCAUCCACCUGGUGCGGAAACACGACGUAGUCGCCGCCGAAGACGGGACCCACGCCGUGACGUGACUCUCGACUCAUCCGAGGAUGAAGAAGCAAUUGAUGAUGUCAGUGAUAUGCAACCCAGACAUCGAAGACGGCGAAAGAAUCGACAAAAAUCGUCUGUAUUUCGACACGUUGAGAAUAUAAGUCCACCAGUUCCUCCUCCGUCACCACCACCCAAUUUUCCCACUGAUCACUCUAACGAUUCGACAAUUCGACUCGUCACACUCGCCUCGUCUCAAGUACUGCUCGUCUUCGCCCCAAGAAGUCACCCGUCCUCCCUGAACUUGACCCUGUUUGCGUCUCUCCUCUACCUCGUGUCAGCCUCCUUCCACGCCUACGAGGAAUACAUCCCACUCCUUGAAAAGUACUACAGUCUCCCCAAAUCGGACGGAGUGGGGAGGGUUCAUCUCCUCAAAGAAAUGAAAGCUUCUGGCUAUUCGUCCCUUAACCGACUCCCUUUAAUCACCUUCCUCACGAUUACCGGGGUUUGGAAUGACCCCGAAUUUUUCCUCUCCUACGCCUGCAUUCCUCUGUUUUUCUACAUGCAAAAGGGCAUAAGCCAUCGACUCUUUGGGAUUAAAUACUUUCACGCAAGAAUCUUCUCCUUUCUUCUGCUGGCCUUUAUCUGCUGCCUCCCAUUCAUCUUGUGGGACUCGUUGUAUCACGGGAAAGUGGGUUGGGAAGAUUUUAGAACGCUUAACCUUUCUCCGGAAAGUUUUGUUAUCACGCCGGUCAACUAUUUUUCCCGGAAGGAAAACCAGUUUCGAGAUUGGUGGGGUUAUCUCCAAAUUUUGGGGUUGUAUUUGAUAGUUUUCAAUGUUUUGGGGGUUAUGGGGCUGGUCUCUUUUGUUAAAGAAGUGUACGACGUGAUGUUUGCUGAGUGGCGACACAAACCAAACUUGGAUUCUCAUUGGACAUUUCUAAAUUUUUCGUUAUUCCUCCCACUAUUUUUCUUGAUUCAAUCUCAUGGGAAUUCCUACUCAGUUUUCGACUUGGCCCCACUAAUCUUUCCCUUGGUGUACAUGCACGGUCAUAAAAUCCCACUCGCGUCGAGAUUUUCAAGUAAAAUUGGUCUAAGUUGGUUUGCCUCGAAUUGCGUUGGCGUCCUCUACUUUGGAUACCUUGCACAAGGAGGGAUUCUCACGAGUUUUAUGGAUUUGUCUGAUAAUCUGACGCCGAUAAGAUUCAAUGACACCCAAGUCGACAUAACUUUCUCCCAAAUGACUGCAAUCCCUCCCACAUUUACGCUAGGAAUUCCCACAACUUGGAAAACAAUAAUGCCUGGCGUAACUUCUAAUCCUCAUAAAGAAGAAGACGAUCUCUUAUCGGAAAUGAACCCACUCGACCUUUCCUCACACACGGAAGACUUUCACUUUAACUUCAAUCCCAACACCUACAACACCGACCUGCCACCCACCCUGUACAAAACUGUCCUCAAAUUGGAGCAGAGUUCGAAACUGAGGGUGUACCAUACUGGAUAUUCGCCCCUCCCGAUGAUCCACUUGGAACGUGACCUUCUUCGCCUCAUUCAAAAUCAGGACAACAUGGAGCAAGGGUGGGAAAAGGUGUCCCUGCUCCUCAUUCCGCACAGAUACGGGAGAGAAAGCGAGGCCAGUUUUAGGCAGUUGAGACUCACUCAUAUCAAAACUUAUUGGAAUCACGUCUUUUUCAACUUUAUUCCCGAAUCUUCAGAGAGUUGGAAGGACUGGAGAAACGUCAUCUUUGGUAAAAAUGCGUUCCAUUUUGGUCUCAGUUUGUAUCGGAUGGAGAAAGUUGACGGGGAUGAUUCGGAGGAAAAAAGGAGACGAAUGUAUGAUGGGAGUAAUUACACCAAGACGAAAAAGAUGGAUAAGUCGUUUCAAAAAUAUUUCCAGCUUCAUGACGCUUUCUACGACUUUCUUAAAUAUGUGGGGAACUUUGUUACAAUAGUGACAACUUCGGGGUUAUUUUUAACAAGUUACUUGGUUUAUCUUACGUAAAAUUGUAUUAUGAAAUGAAAAGGAAACUUAAGCAUUUAAAUGUACAGAAUUAA